UGCUUUACGGCUAACCCGUAAAGCGGGCGUGCAGAGCUUUCGGCUUCUGGUUCGCUGCACGUGUGGCGCUGUCUGUGGUUCGUUCUGUAAUCUCUCUCCUUGGCGCGGUCGUGCCUCAGUGAAGACCGGCGUGGCAGCUUCGGCCACGGCUCGCGAGCUGAUGGAAGUCGCAGGCGAGAAGGAAGGGACUCCGGGAGGAGAUCCCCAGAGGGUAGCUGCGGGGGCGCGGCCGAGGCCUGCGGCGGCCGGUGGGGACGGGGCCGGGGACUUAGCUGGGAGCCCCGAAGCAGGCGAUGGACAGGAGAGGAACGGACGGACGGGAAUUAAGACCACAGAGGAAGCGGGGGCGCUAACGAUGGACUUAGUUGUGGUGAAGCAGGAGGUAGUGGACUGGUCGGAUCUGGACGGUGCUGCUUCGGACAGCCACUGGGUGAAGCAGGAGGCGGAGGGCGGGCCGGAGGUGAAGGAUGAGAAAGGCGCGUUGGAGGUGAAGCAGGAGGUGGUGAAAGAAGAGGAGAUGGAGGAGCCAGAAGUAAAGGAAGAGAAGGUGAAGGUGAAGGAGGAGGUGACGGACUGGGAAGAGGUGAAGGAGGAGGACUUGGGCGUAAAACAGGAGUUGUUUGUUGGCCAGAACGUAAAGGAGGAGCAGGGGAUGGAUGGCGUGCCCGUGAAGGAGGAGGACUGCCUCAAGAGAGAAGCCACGGAAGACUCGGAGGUGAAGGAAGAGCCUCAGAUGAACCCCCGAGUGGGCUGCAAGAGGAAAUUGGCGAUGUCAAGGUGUGAGACUUGUGGGACAGAAGAAGCGAAGUACAGAUGUCCACGCUGCAUGCGCUACUCCUGCAGUUUGCCCUGUGUGAAGAAACACAAGGCCGAGCUGACCUGUAAUGGGGUCCGGGAUAAGACUGCGUAUGUUUCGCUGCAGCAGUUUACUGAGAUGAAUCUCCUGAGUGACUAUCGAUUUCUGGAAGACGUGGCAAGAACAGCAGACCAGGUUUCAAGAGAUACUUUCUUGAAAAGACCAAAGCGGAAAAAAUAUCUGUUGUUUAUGAAGAAUCGUGCCCGAAAGCAAGGUAUUUACUUGAGGCUUCUACCCAAUGGAUUUAGCAAGAGGAAAGAGAAUUCAACAAUGUUUGACCAUAGGAAACAGCAGUUUUGUUGGCAUGUACAGCUCCAGUUUCCUCAGAGUCAAGCAGAGUAUACAGAAAGAAGAGUACCAGAUGAUAAAACCAUUAAUGAAAUUCUAAAACCUUACAUUGAUCCUGAAAAGUCUGAUCCUGUGAUUCGUCAGAGAUUGAAAGCCUACACACAGUCACAGACUGGAGUCCAAAUUUUAAUGCGGGUUGAAAAUAUGCAGCAAAAUAUGAUAAGGUAUUAUGAGCUUGAUCCUUACAAAAGUCUUUUAGACAACCUGAGGAACAAAGUAAUCAUUGAAUACCCGACCUUGCACGUGGUGUUGAGAGGCUCUGGGGAUGGCAUGCAGCUUCUGCACCAAGUGAAAAGUGAAUCUGCCCAGAAGCUUGGCAGUGGAAAUUAAGCACUGUGGAAGAAGGUGGAAGUCCCCGAGGGCUGAGAAGAUUGAGUUUCUGGACUGCUGGGUGACUGCAUCUGUCAAUGGGUGGAGUUUGUUUGUCUAAAAAGUAAUUAAACAGCAUAGUUUUUCAGGGGGAGAAAGUGCAUUUUAUUGCCUUUUGAAUUAAGUGAUUUAUAAAAGCUUUUCUUCCACAGCAUGGGCUCCUUGUGCACCUGACUAGUGUAGUCCUCACUAGACAUUUAGCUUGCUUCUUUCUAUAAGCUGAAAACUUGUUUUAUUUGUUAGGUUGUCACAAGACCAAACCCAAGGAUCACCAGUGUCAACCACAAAGCUGGCAUUCUCUAUGGUCUCAGCUUUCUGAAGAGAAUCUCACAGCAAAGCAUCUAGCCAGGGAGAAAGAAGCAGCUCUCGAGAAGUUGGCUGUCCUCCUGUUUGGGUUUAUGUGAUAGAGGAAGGGUUCAUAGGGAACCAACCGUGUUGUUGCCAGGACCACUGGAAAGAUGGUGAAGCUCUAUUUCCCAGGAUUCAGUUUGAUCCAAAAGUGAAGUUUGUAUCGCUGAAGCAGGCAGGAAGGACAGGUGGAAGAAUUGAACUGAAUUGUCUGCAGUUGUGGGGAAGAGGGAUAUAGAAAGAAUAUAUGAUCUGAGUGUUGGGGAGAGGACUCUCCUCAGUGAAAUCUAGUGCUUUCCUCUUAAGUUGAAGAAAAGCGGUGAGCUUUAUAAAACUGAACAUCAAAGAAAAAAUUUAUUCUGUGCUUUCCUCUGCUUCUCAGGAGGGGAGGGGGGCAGAGUUCACCUAAAUACAGCUGCAGCUCACUUGGCUGACAUGCAUAUUUAUUCCCAAGCAAUAUAUAAUGAACAUGUGUUGUCUUAGUUAGGGCUUUAUGCUGUGAACAGACACCAUGACCAAUGCGACUCUUAAAAAGAACGUUUAAUUGGGACUGGCUUAUGGAGCAGAGGUUCAGUCAGUUAUCAUGAAGGCAGGGUCAUGGAAGUGUCCAGGCAGGCAUGAUGCAGGAGAAGCUGAGAGUUCUACAUCUUCAUCUGAAGGCUACUAGCAGAAUACUAGUUUCUGGCCAGCAAGGAUGAGGGUCUUAAAGCCCACACCCUGAACUGAGCAUACACAAACCAUCACAGGUGUCAUAAUGAAAAAUCAUGUUAUACUUAAAGGGGGUGAGGUCAGAAUGGUUUGCUGAGAGCCCAAGAAGGUAAUAGUAUUAAAGCUCACACUUAGAUUCUGACAAAUUCUGGAGUACACAGACUGAGACAACGACAAGUUUGUCAUUCUGUGGUCUGUCCGUGGAUUACCAUGUGAGAGGGGAGAAGCUGCACCUGACCUCUUAUUUUUAAACAAUGAUUUCAAAGACAAAAUAUAUCUUUUCAUAAUUGUUAAUUAUCACAUAGGAUUAAUAUAGAUCACAACAUAUAAAAUUUACAAGUCCAAUAUCCUAAAUUUGAACCUCAGAACCCACAUUUACAGAAGAAGCAACAGCUGUCAGGCAUGUAAUACCAGUGACAGAUACUGACAGACUCGUGGAGUUGCCUGGCCAGCCAGCCUAGUCUGGCUUACUCUGUGACUUAAAGGUCAGUGAGAAACAUCUCAAAGUCAAGGUGGUCCCGCACCUGCAGCACACAACGUUAUCCCCUGGCUGCACACAUACUCGCUGCGUCCUUGACCAGCCAGCUGUAUGAGCCCUACUCUUUCACCUUUCAUGUUCUUGGUGAAUAAUUCAAGGCUCCAGAGCCCCAUUUUCUUUCCAUUCCUUGCUGUGAUAUUUUACUUAGGAUCUCUAAGUCAUUUAAGUAUAGCAUCAUCAUAUGGAGGAGACUGAGGUCCAGCCAGAUUAAAGAUUGUGCUCCAGACCACUUGGAUUGAGUGGGCCAGCAUUCAAGCCAAGACGCUGAGCUGCUUAGGUUACAUCCUUACCGGUUGGGCUACAGUCUCAGGUAGGCUCUGUAUCACAGACUCUGGGAUUCCUGCUGCUUGAAGUUACUGUGCAGAAACUUGCCACAGACAUUUUGUUCUUCAUACUUGUGACCAGUCAUGAGUUUCUGGGUUUACCACCUUUCACUGUACAAAGAAACUUCCCUAAUGAGGUCUGAGAGCUGCUCUCAUAAAUAAACUUGUUGGGUUAUUUGUU